AUUUAUCCUUCAUGCUAAGAAGACAGCCUUUGUUAUCGAGCAUGAUUUUAUUAUGGCAACUUACCUGGCUGAUCGAGUCAUAGUCUUCGAGGGGCAGCCAGCGAUUGCGGCUACUGCCACACCACCACAAUCUCUUCUGUCUGGAAUGAAUAAAUUCCUGGCAUCAUUAGAGAUCACAUUCAGGAGGGAUCCUACCAAUUUCAGACCGCGUGUGAAUAAGCUCAACAGUGUAAAAGAUCGGGAACAGAAAAAUAUGGGCAACUACUUCUUCCUCGAGGACUAGAUUCCAAUCAUAUAUAUGUCAGCUAAGAAGGGUGGUGCACUGGAACAUGGUGUAGGAUAGGGGUUGUAACUUGUAGUUUAAGUGUUUGGAUCACAUAGGAAACUACACUUUUAUUGUACUCGAUUACUGUACAGGUCACUGCGAACACAGGUGCGACAGCCUUGGGUGUCAAUGCAGAACGUUGACAACUUCGACUGA